UUAUUUGUAUUUAAAAAAGUAUGAAAUCAACAAUGACAUUAAUUUUUCAUUAAAACUUUUAAUUCCCUAUAAUGUAGAUUACAUCCAAGUUUGAUUUCUGCCAUGUACCAGUGUGUUUUAUGAUUUUCAAAUUUAACAUCGAAGACAUCGUAAUGCAACCUGUAUAUAUAUGAGAAGACGUUCAAAGAGAAGUGUAGGCAACCUUCACUGUGCUAGCAUGGUUGAUCUAGGAACCCCUAACUUGAGUAUGCUCAGUGUAUCUGGGAGAAAAUAUAAGGGCUGACAUACUAUUAAAAAUGUGGGAAAACCCAAAAGACAAAAACGAUGAAAAAUACGGCAGUUUACGUAAUAUACUUAAAAAUUUCGAUCCCUACGCCGUGUUGGAACCUUUGACACCACAAGGGAUACCAAAAGAAAAUAUUCUUGUUGAUUUGUCAGUAAAAAGUGCUAAUAAUGAUUCCAAUCUUGAAUUAUCCGGUUCCCUUUUAGAUAAAAGUACUAAAUCAGAUUUCGAAGUAAUAGAUGUCUUCCAAAAUCUAUACGUAACACCUCAACAUGUUACUAACAAAAACAUCAAUGAUAAUAAAGAUUGGAUAAAAGCAUUUGAUAUUGAACAUAAAAAUAUUGAAAUCGAUAUGAAAAAAGAAUUAGAAAAUAUAUUUACUGUUAAAAAAACAAAAUUGAACGCUACUCUCACAAGAUUAUCUGACGAUGAGUUUGACGUAGAUGAAAUUGAUGAAGUAUUAAGAAUAAAGAGAAUUAAAAAGUUAAUAAAAACACAACAGAAUGCGAGUAGUUCAAAUUUUGAAUCGCGAAGCAAUAAUACUGGAACGACACAAAAUACAUAUAUAAAAACGAAUAAUUUACAAGACAAUAUAAUAAUUAAAAUAGAUAAACAAGAAAAUAUAAGAACUAUUAAUAAUAUUGUUAAAAAGAAACUCAAUAACUUUGACAUAAAGACUGUUAAAUUGGAUAAAAAGAAAUUACAGAAAAAGAUAGUGUUGCCAGAUGAUGUCAAACGUAAUUAUACCAAAGGACCAGAUUUGUUGGAGAAAUCAAUUGCAUUACCUUCAAUGAUUGAAAGAAUUAAAGAAAGACAACAAAUGAUAAAUAAUGAGAAAUGUUUAAGACAUAGAUUAGUUUUAGAACCAGAUAAUUUGAUUAUUAGCAAUGAUAAAACAUUAUAUAAAUUCAAUCCAGAAGCAUUAACUGAGGAUUGUAAUAAGGAAAGACUUACAGCAUUACACGGAGGAAGAGCUUUUGAAAGAUUCGUAACAGGCGAGAAAUAACACAAAUGCAAAAGGAAGCUUUAAAGCAUGAAUAAAUACUAUUUUUUUGUUUUGGUGGCAACAAAUGGGUCUAAUGGUAGCUGAUUGAUGUCUUUGCUAAACCAUAUGAAGCAAUAGCCAAGGGUACAAAUCACACAGUUGAGAGUUCGAAAUCCACCAUUAGACUAUUGGAAACCAUAGCACAAGCUCUAUACUUAGUUGAAUAAUACAAGAAUUAGUAAAUUAACAAAAAUCCGCUAAUGUUUAUAAAAAAACACCAGAAGAACUGCAGAUACUGCUGCUGGUCUAUUAAGGGGCCUCAAAGACGACGGAAAAUAUGAGGAUAGAAAGAGCGAUUGAAUUAUAUUAUAAAAUAAAAUAUAAUAAAGACAUAAUGAAAAUAUAAAAUAGAAUUAUGAAAUGAAGAGAUAAGCACGCACUGUUAGAAGAUAUAUUUACAACUGACAAAAAUGAGACAAAAAAGGAAGCAAAAAUAUAACAUGUUUUAAAUACAAAAAUAUAAAAAUUAUGAUUAAAAAACGUGUAAAAAUGUUCCGUAUCUGUCGGCAACAGGCCUCUUUUAUUGAAGGAACCUAAGUCGUGACUAUUAGGAAUAUUCGCCAGUUCCAAGUAAACUAAAACCACGACAUUAUGAAAUACCAACCGAGAAUGAAAUAUGGUGCUUUGUUGAUUCCUACAAUGACUGAACUCAAUGUUAGGAAUCGAACUAAACAAUUGAAAUCUUCCUCUUUAAUACGUUACAAAGCGCAAAGGUUAGAAAAUCACGGGAAAUUUAAGGAAAGACGAAUGUAAAUUGUAAUGGGAUGUAUAAAGAGAUGUGUAAAAAUGUAUAAAGAGGAAGCUCCUAGGCCCAAAGAAAAUUUGCUUUUACUAGAAAGUCUAAAAUAAUGAAUUGGUUAUGAUAUAUAUACAAAUAGUAUUAGAAAUUGAGUUUAAUGUACUACGUAAUUUUGAUAUCAACUAUAACAAUAAGUAUAUUAGUAGUAAAUAAAAUCUUAAUGAAUUUUAA